CACACCGCCUCUUUCUCCUCCCCUUUUCUCGCUUGUGGAAGGCGUUCCAUACACAGUACUGUUGUUUCUAGGGUACCGUACGAGGCGUGGGGUGUGCUCUUGUCGCUGUUCACUUUUGGGAACACUCGCGCGGACACUAUCUCUGGUGCAAAACGAAUGGGAGGAGGAAACAACGGUAUGCAUCGAGGUGGUGGAUCAGUGAGGACCAUGAUGGCCCUCUGUCUGGGGGGACUGGUGCUCGUGACGGUCCUCUACUUGGCCAAGAGAGUGGAUUCCAACAGGACACACAGGGAGCUGGAUCUAGUCAAGAUUGAGAGCAGGGACAUCACUGAGGGGCUCAACAAUAAACUGAUGGAGUGUAUUGAAAAGGUGGACUCACUGACUCAGGAUUCUACCGUCAUCGGAGGAGAGCUUAAGAGUUGUAAAGACACCAAGGCUGUUGUCAUGGACCAAACUCAAAAGUUGAAGUCAGAGAACGAGAAAUGCAACAAAGAAUUGAAACUUGCUAUAGAAGCACAGACCGAAGCAGAUGUUGGGAUGCAGGGGCUCAGAUCAGAGAAAGAGACAGCCAUUGCAGAGAAACAGUCAGCAGAUAAUGAGCUGCAGGAUAUGCUACAAGAGAACGCGAACAUUCAAUCACAAUUGGACGAAUGUGAUGGAGAAAAGGAGCACCUAAAUUCACAAAAAGAUAUGGAAGGUCGCUGUAAUAGCCAGCUAGUGACAGCUGAGGCCAAGCUGAAGACAGCCACCGAGAGAGAGGCUAGUCUGUUCACUGAAGUACAGGCUCUUACCUCUCAGAAGAAGACUUUAGAGGCACGUGUGGCACAGCUAUUAACUCAGCUCUCUCGAGCCACUGAAGCAGACGAACAUAAUGAACACAAGCUAAACCAAAGGCUGAAAUGAGACAAGGUGGACCCCAAAGACAAGGCCAUGUUCCAAAAAGAUGGCAGAGACCAAGGAGACCACGGAGACCAAGAAGACCAAGGAGAGCAAGAAGAGACUGGUGAAGCAGGUGGCCUUGAAUUUCCACCUGGUGGCUUGUAGCACGACAGCCAAACCAAGUUUAAUUGAUCAAGAUAAGAGACUUGCAUGGAAUUCACGUACAGACAAAAGCAACAAUAAAUCUUCCAAUUGAUGAACAAAAAACACACUGGGCGCACAACACACUAAAAAUUUAUAAGAUACAAACAAAUCUUGAAAGAAAAAAACGUCAAUUUUGUUAUGAAAAAGAAAAACGAAAGAAAAAGUUUGAUGAGGUAAAAUGGACUGCAGGAAUUAGAAAAUGCAUUGAGAAAGCCUUGCUUUUGGGCGGAGUUUGAACAACACAAAUGAGAAAUCAUAAUUUGUUAAACAUAUACACAUCUACAAACACUGCUAUAUAUAAUUUUGGCAACGAGAAACAAAUGAAGAGGCAAAAGUUUACAAACGCACAGAGAAAAGUUGUUAAUAAUAAUAGGAGAGUGAUAAUAAUAUCGAAGUUGGCUGAGA